AUGAAUAACAUUACAAUAAUCAUUACUACGGUUGUUCCUGCAGUCGAUCAAACUCAAUUGGUCGUGUUGUUGAAUCUUUUGAUUAAAAAUUUUUCACAAUAUCUGGAUUGUUUUGCAUGGAUCGUUGGUAACAUCGGAGCAAUUUGUACCUGUAUCGUUUUUCAUCAAUCGAUAUUUCGCAAGAGUCCUUGUGCGAUGUAUUUCAUUGCUUCAAGUUUUUCCCAGCUAUUUAUCUUCAAUUUUGCCGCUUUUACACGAAUGAUUCAAUAUGGUUAUGGUGUUCAAGUUAAUUCUGCUCCUGCAUGGUUCUGUAAGCUCCGUUUCUAUAUAUAUUAUGUUUCAAUGGCUAGUGCUCGUUAUAACAUCAUUUUUGCAUCCACUGAUCGUUACUUAUGCAGUUCUCAGACUAUUGCUCGUCGUCGAUGGAGCUCACCAAAGAUCGCUCUUUGUCUUAUCAUAGGGGCUCUUAUUAUUUCUCUCGUUGUCUACAUUACCGUUCUCGUUCUCUUUGAUGUCAAAAAUGACAAAUGCAGAAUUCAUUCAGCAGCUAUUUUUACUGCUUUUAGUUAUUUUAUCACAUUCGAAAAUGGAUUUUUCCCAAUAAUUCCGAUGUCAAUCUUCGGAUUGCUUACUAUUCAUAAUAUUCAUCAAAGCAAACGACGUACAGCAACAACGCAACCAAUCAACAAAAGUCAACAUGGUCACACCGAACGAGCAACAAAAAAGGAAACACAAUUGCAUAGGAUGUUGGCCAAUCAAGUAAUUGCUUAUUUUAUUUUCAACAUUCCACUUCCGGUGUACAGUACCUAUCGAUCAUAUAAUAAUUUCAAUUUGUUAACAGGAUGGCGUGCUUUGAUGGACACGCUUAUUAACAACCUUUGCUUUGACAUGAUUUAUCUCGGCUAUGCUCUAACAUUUACGAAUUUUCUUUUAUCAUCGGAUAUAUUUCGACGAGAAAUGAAAAAAAUCAUUCAAAGACGAGUACUUCGACCAUGCCGACGACAACUCGUACCCGAGAAUUGA